ACCAAAACAUGUUUGUGGCCCGUAUGAAAAAAAGGUUGGGGACCACUGGAUUAAAGUAUUUGAAUGUAAGAGGUGGAUUACCAUAGACAAGAUAAGCGUGGGCUCGUUUGAAAGUGAUAAUUAUAUGGGCACUCAUAAACAAAUGCCGCUUCCUUAGAACUUGAAGAAAUCACGGUCACAAUAAGCGAUUACCGAUACCAUUAUCAAUUUAAUCAGAUAUGUGACGUUAUUGAUAUAAGGACUUUAACAUUUAAUAAUAACUGAGUAUCAUUAAUAAACUUUCGUUUGUGUAUGUAAGACAUUGAUACGAAAUUGCGUUGUGUGUUAUAUUUUAUUUAUAUUAAUUAAAAAUAACAUAAGUGUCAUGAUUUGAGAUUGUCCUCAAGUGAUGGCGAAAACGAUAAAGUCGUCGGGCAUUAAAGGGAUAUCGGACGACAGCGAUCUCUCUGAGACUGAAUAUCAACAGUUUUACGACGACACAGAAGAUUUAGAUCAAAGAACAGCGCAAGAGACCAAAGGAUGGAACCUGUUCCGGGAGAUUCCUGUGAAGAAGGAGAGUGGGUCCAUGGUGUCGACGGCGUGGGUUGACACCAGUGUGAAGGUCCUUAAGCUGGUCGCAUACAUCGUAGUGUUCACCCUAGUAUUAGGGUCCGCCGUCCUCGCCAAAGGAGCCCUCUUGUUUGUCACCUCGCAACUCAAGAAGGGCAGAGAGAUCAGUCAUUGUAAUAAGGCGCUAGCAUUAGACCAGCAAUUCAUCGCGGUGCUGCCACUGGAGGAGCGUGUGACGUGGCUGUGGGCGACGCUCAUAAUAUUCAGCGUCCCAGAAAUAGGAAUGUUUCUGCGAAGCGCCCGAAUAUGUUUCUUUAAAACUGCAGAAAAACCUUCUGUGGGGCAUUUCAUUAUUGCUUUAGUCAUUGAGUCGUUACAGACGAUAGGAAUGGCGACGCUGCUACUGGUAAUACUGCCUGAGCUGGACGUCGUCAAAUCCGCCAUGCUCAUAAACGCAAUGUGCAUACUGCCCGGUAUAUUAAACGCGUUUACCAGAGACCCACACAACAAUAGAUACUCCCUGAUAAUAAUUUUCGACGUCCUGGCCGUGUCUGCCCAAUUCACGGCAUUUGUUGUGUGGCCCCUUCUAGACGGCAUUCCCGCUCUGUGGGCCAUUCCUCUCGCCUCUGUGUUGAUAUCGCUAUCCUGGUGGGAGAACUUUAUUGGCUACGUGGAUAACUAUUCGGCAGCGCCUAUUGUAUAUCUGGAUGAUCUUAGAAAAAGUCUGAAGAAGACCCGGUACUACAGUCAUAGAUUUCUCUGCAUUUGGAAGAUACUGCUGUUCAUGGCGUGUAUCAUUAUAUCCUUGAGGUUGCAAGACGACGAUCCCUUUGCGUUUUUCACCUCCGUAGGAGAAGCUUUUGGUGAGCGCGAAUAUACGGUGUAUGAGAUCCAAGUAACAUUCCAAGACGCGUACCAAGGAGCGUUAGAGUACGUCCUAACAGAAGGCAGUUUUUCCCUCCCAGUCGCCUGGACCACGGCGCUAUGGGUUGCCCUCGUUCAAGUCGCCGCCGCAUACAUUUGCUACGAGGCGUCAAAGUUCGCCUGCAAGAUCCUCAUACAGAAGUUCAGUUUUACCUUAGCCAUACACCUUGUAGGGCCAGUGACAGUUAAUCUACUGCUGGUAUUCUGUGGCAUGAGGAAUGCCGAUCCCUGCGCCUUCCAUAAUGCGAUACCGGACUACCUGUUCUUCGAAAUACCUCCAGUAUAUUUCCUGAAGGAGUACAUAGGUCGCGAGAUGACCUGGAUCUGGCUGUUGUGGCUGAUAUCGCAGGCGUGGAUCACGAUCCACACGUGGUCGCCGUACUGCGAGCGGCUGGCGGCUACGGACAAGCUGUUCACGCGGGCCUGGUACAGCGGCCCGCUUGUUGACCAGUCGCUACUCUUGAAUAGAAGCAGAGACGAUUCUGAGGUUAUGUUCGAUGAACAAGACGAAAAGGCAGAUAAUGUGUCCAUCACUAGUUUGGAUAACUACAGAAAAGACGUGAAGCCAUCCGAUAAUAUCACAAGAAUUUUUAUUUGUGCGACUAUGUGGCACGAGACUAAGGAUGAGAUGAUAGAGUUCUUGAAGUCGAUUUUUAGACUGGAUGAGGACCAAAGCGCGAGGCGGGUGGCGCAGAAAUAUCUCGGCAUUGUCGACCCUGACUACUAUGAACUUGAAGCUCACAUAUACCUAGACGACGCAUUUGAAGUGUCAGACCAUAGUGCCGAUGAUUCUCAAGUGAAUCGCUUCGUCAAAUGUCUAGUAGACACUAUAGACGAAGCCGCAUCGGAAGUACACUUGACCAACGUUAGACUACGACCGCCGAAGAAGUACCCCACGCCGUAUGGUGGGAGAUUAGUGUGGACUCUACCGGGGAAGAACAAGAUGAUCUGCCAUUUGAAAGACAAGUCUAAGAUUCGGCAUAAGAAACGGUGGUCACAGGUUAUGUAUAUGUAUUAUUUACUCGGCCAUCGUCUUAUGGAUUUACCACUUUCCGUCGACCGCAAAGAAGUGAUAGCAGAAAACACAUACUUGCUCGCUUUGGAUGGAGAUAUAGACUUCAGACCCAGUGCCGUUACGUUACUGAUAGAUCUUAUGAAGAAAGACAAGAAUCUAGGAGCCGCUUGCGGUAGAAUCCACCCUGUUGGUACAGGUUUUAUGGCGUGGUACCAGAGCUUCGAGUACGCGAUCGGUCACUGGAUGCAGAAGGCGACGGAGCACAUGAUCGGCUGCGUGCUGUGCAGCCCCGGCUGCUUCUCGCUCUUCCGUGGCAAGGGGCUCAUGGAUGACAACGUCAUGAGGAAGUACACCCUCACUUCCAGCGAGGCGAGGCACUAUGUGCAGUACGAUCAAGGCGAGGACCGUUGGCUCUGCACGCUGCUGCUGCAGCGCGGCUACCGCGUGGAGUACUCGGCCGCGUCGGACGCCUACACGCACUGCCCCGAGCGCUUCGACGAGUUCUACAACCAGCGCCGCCGCUGGGUGCCCUCCACCAUGGCCAACAUUCUCGACCUGCUCACAGACUACAAGAGAACAGUGCAAGUCAACGACAACAUAUCCACGCUGUAUAUUGUGUAUCAGAUGAUGCUAAUGCUGGGUACGGUCCUGGGUCCGGGGACGAUAUUCCUGAUGAUGAUCGGCGCCAUGAACGCCAUCACCGGCCUCGACAACAUCAACGCGCUCAUCAUCAACCUCGUGCCCAUCGUCGCAUUUAUCAUCAUCUGCAUGACGUGCAAGUCGGAUACGCAGAUAACCUUCGCCCAUCUAAUAACGUGUAUCUACGCGAUGGUGAUGAUGAUGGUGAUAGUUGGCAUAGCGCUACAGAUCGUCGAGGACGGCUGGAUGGCCCCAACCAGUAUGUUCUUCCUGGCCACAAUGAUGAUAUUCAUAACAUCCGCCAUGCUGCAUCCACAGGAGAUAUCCUGCCUGCUAUACCUGAUUAUAUACUACAUAACCAUACCCAGCAUGUACAUGUUGCUCAUUAUAUACUCGUUAUGUAACUUGAACAACGUGUCCUGGGGUACGAGAGAGAUCGCACAGAAGAAAACUGCUAAGGAAAUGGAAGCUGAAAAGAAGGCGGCAGAAGAAGCGAAGAAGAAGAUGGAUAAUCAGAACAUACUGAAGAUGUUUGGACAGGGAGAAGAGACAUCAGGUUCCUUAGAGUUUGGAGUCGCGGGCCUUUUCAAGUGUAUGUGCUGCACCAACCCUAAAGACCAUAAGGAGGACUUGCAUCUACUGAAGAUAGCGCAUACUAUGGAGAAAAUCGAGAAGAGACUGGAUUCAAUAGGGGCUCCUCCAGAUACCGAAAAGUUGCCCCGACGUCGGUCUUCUAUGGGUCUGCGAGGAGACACGCUAUCCAUGUUACCGGAGUUUGACGACAGCGAAGAAUCCGUUGACAUUCCACGGGAAGAACGCGAUGACCUAGUCAAUCCAUACUGGAUAGAAGACCCUAACCUUCAAAAGGGAGAGGUAGACUUUUUGACAACAGCCGAAACGGAAUUCUGGAAAGAUCUAAUCGAUACUUACCUAAGGCCAAUCGAUGAGAAUAAGGAGGAACUGGCUCGUAUCAAAACGGACCUGAAGAACUUACGCAACACGAUCGUAUUCGCGUUCGUGAUGCUGAACGCGCUGUUUGUGAUGGUGAUAUUCCUGCUGCAGCUGCGCCAGGACCUGCUGCACAUCAAGUGGCCCUUCGGCCAGAAGAUCACCAUCACGUAUGACGGAGACACUAAUGUUGUGAUCAUUGACCAAGACUACUUAAUGCUGGAGCCGAUAGGAUCCAUGUUUAUCGUGUUCUUCGGGCUGGUGAUGGGAAUUCAGUUCCUGGGAAUGUUGACGCAUCGCUUCGGCACGAUCACGCAUCUGCUGUCGACCGUGCAACUCAAUUGGUACUUUGCCAAGAAGCCCAACGAGUUGUCGGACGAAGCGGAGUUUGAAAAACGCGCAGUAGAGAUCGCGCGAGACCUACAGAGGCUCAACGUGGACGAUUUAGGCCGGCGCGGCGUGGACGAGUCCUCAGUGGCGCGCCGCCGCACGCUGCACGACUUGGAGCGGGCGCGCUCCGAGAGACGCAGUGCUGCCAACCUUGACGCCAACUUCAAGAGGCGCUUGACGAUACUGCAGGAUAGUGAUCCUAACGUAGUAGCGACUCGUCUGCCGUCUCUCGGCGCAAACCCGACGUCGCGUCGCGCCACGCUUCGAGCGCUGAUGACGCGGCGCGACUCCGUGCUGGCGGAGAAGCGCCGAUCGCAGCUGCGGCGCGACUCUACCACGGGGUAUAUCUAUGAUGAUCCCAUGAAUGAGCUGGACAGUGUGUCCGGGCGCCCGUCCGCGUUCGUGAACCGCGGGUACGAGCCGGCCUUCGACAGCGACGACGACGACCGCCCGCGACGGAGCACCGUGCGGUUCCGACAGUACAAUAUGUAGCCGCACCUUAAGAGGGCGACUAACCCAAAAAAUCAAACAUCGUCCUUCUGU